AUGCCAUGUAACCAAAUCCCAUACAACUAAGGUUGUGAUUUCUCACAGCCAACCAAUUUAAAUCCAUCCCUUUUGUUCCAACUCCACAUUACAAGUUCCUCAGGCCCCACAGCCAUCCCUUUCUCCAAGCUUGGAGGAGGAGGAUUACAAGUGCCCAUGUCCUGAAAAUCCAAUCCUUUUUUUUCUCGGUUCGUUGUUCUAAAAAUCCAAUCUUUACCCGGGCAUUGUUAUCAAAAUCCAAUCUUUAAACAGACAUUGUUCUCAAAAUCCAAUCUUUGUUUCUUUUUCAUUCGAAUUCUGGAAUUCCCUCAAGCCAUGGCUGAAGUGCUUCUGUCCCCUUCUCACUUCCCUUCGUCUCCGAGAGGGGCCCUUUCGUGCGAGUCGUGUGAUGAGGCCAGCGGCUUUUUAGGCCCUUUCAAUGCCCUCGGAGGAGGCGAGGACGAGGCCGGCAGGAGUGGCGGUGGCGGCCCGAUAGAGGAGAAGAGGGAAAGGAGGGUGAGGGGAGGAGGAGGGCAGGAGGUCGUGGAGGAGGAUCAACAACGGCAGCUGUCUGUGUUGGCGUUGGUCCUGACGGUGGUCCGGAAGUCGCUGCUGGGGUGCAAGACGGAGGGAGCCGGCGACAAGGAUUCCUGCUCAAUGGAUAUCGGGCGUCCCACAGACGUGCAGCACGUCGCCCACGUCACCUUCGACCGGUUCCAUGGAUUCCUUGGGCUGCCCGUCGAGUUCGAGCCGGAGGUUCCUCGUAUAGCCCCCAGCGCAAGUGCAACUGUCUUUGGUGUUUCAACUGAAUCUAUGCAAUGCUCAUAUGAUUCUAGAGGCAAUACUGUUCCAACCAUACUCUUGCAAAUGCAGAGAUGUCUUUAUGAGCAAGGUGGCCUUCGGGCAGAAGGAAUUUUCAGGAUAAAUGGUGAGACUAGCGAAGAGGAGUAUGUGAGAAACCAGCUAGAUAAUGGAAUAGUACCAGAGGGUGUUGAUGUGCAUUGUCUAGCGGGUUUAAUAAAGGCCUGGUUUAGAGAACUUCCUAUGGGGUUGUUGGACUCUCUUUCAUCUGAGCAGGUGAUGCAAUGCCAAACAGAGGAAGCUUGUGAUCAUAUUACUAGAUUGCUACCACCAACAGAAGCUGCUCUACUGGAUUGGGCCAUCAAUUUGAUGGCUGACGUUGCCCAAGAAGAACAACAAAACAAGAUGAAUGCACAUAAUGUUGCAACAGUGUUUGCUCCAAACAUGACUAAGGUGGCGGAUCCUUUGACUGCAUUGAUGUAUGUAGUGCAAGUGAUGAAUUUUUUGAGGAUGCUGAUCGUAAGGACACUUAAAGAGAGACAACAAUCUAUUUUGGAAGUUGCUUAUGUUUAUGAUGCAGAUCCAUCUGAUGACGACGGCCAUUACAGCCCUAAGCCUCAUCUCGAGGCUAGUAGUGAAGAGGCAGUCGAGCUAGUUUGUGUUACCAAGAAACCUGUCUUCAAUAUUCUUACCCAAGUUCCUAAAUUGACAAUAGAUGAGGCAGCUGUUAGUCCUCAGACCUUCUGUGCCACUGCUGCUGCCUCUGAAGAAACUGCAUUCCCCACGAACGCAGCACAAACUGGUGGUUCAUCAAGCGGCUACGAUGUAGCGGCUGAUGGUUCUAAUGCAGUUCACACUAAUUAUCGCAGGAAAAGGAUGGGUCGGUUGAACGGCCACAACCACAAGAAAGGAAGAAAGGGAAAACUACAUCACGCAUCCUUCCCAGCCGAAAGGUCUAAAGGGGCCAGUAUCGUGAGUCGUAUAAAUUCAGAGACUGAUCGUGCCGAAGCAUGGAGAUGAAACUGUUAUGUUUUGUAACCAGUAUCUGACAUGGAUUUGCUCCAGGUGUUUUCUGCUUCUGUGUCCAGUAUGUUUAUCCUGUUCUCACACAUCCCAGAACUCUUUCUGGUUUCUCCGAGAGUAUUGAGUGAUCAAAAUGUGCUUAUUAUUUUGUUCUACAUCAGGGCCUGAUAAUUUAUAGCAGACAGCUGAGACUGUCAUUGCCAACUCAUUGACUUGUAGUUGAUGAAUGAAUGAAUGAAUGUGAAUGGAUGGAUGGUGUAUGAUCUUAUCUGCAUCUCCAACCUUUGUCUGAA